AUUUCAAUUCCAUUCCAUUCUACAUGUUUAAAACAACAAAUUCACCGCUUUUUUUUAUAAAGUGCGAAAAAUUCUACUUGAAUACAUUCCCUCACAAAAAAAUAUUGCAAAAAAUAAAGAAAUAAUAAACAAAUCAGUAAAAUUACAAUGGGUUCUACAAAAUUAAAAGAAGAUUUAACUAAUUGUUUAAUUAAUUUUGAUCGUCGUGUUUUAAUAACCGAACUAUUGGAUAAUUAUCAACUGGCUUAUGAGGAGGUUAACGAUUUAGUGGAAAAAUAUGUGGAACAGCAAGAAAAGAAAGAUAAACUUAAAUUUGAUAAAAGAUUUCUGGUGCAUGGUGUGGUAGAGGGUGAACAGAAAAAAGAAAUUUAUAAAAUAGUAGAAGAAACUAAACUAAAAGACUGGUUAAAAAAAUUGAAAAAUGCCGAGUCUUCCCUGUACUCUGUGGAGGUGGCGGGUGGAGCUAAAUCAGCUGCGCCAGUAUUUAAACCCAUGAGUGUACAAGAGGGUGUCAAAUUAAAAGAUAGAUAUGGUUCGAAAGCUCCUGCAAGUAAUGGCACGUCAGAAACCUCUACAAUAACUAAACCUAUAGAGAAAAAAGAAGUCAAAAAGGAAGCUACUAGUAGCAAAGCUUUAAAAGUUUCACCCAAGAGCAACGUAAAAGCUACAACAAAAGUUGAGGCCUCUGCUAAGAAAACAUCACCUAAAACUGAAA